UUGACGGAGGGCAGUAACGUGAUACACGAGAAACAAAAUGCGCUGGGAAAAGAAGUCGGUUAGCAGGAACGCGUUUAUUACUUUACAGCCAUCGAGAGCUGCUUUCAGCAGGAACCACAGCUUUCUCCAGCGGGCAGUAGUGGUCAACUGGAAAUUGUUUCUGACUGAAGCCCACGGCAUUAUGGGAACACAAAGAGUUUUAGUGACGGGGUGCUCCUCUGGAAUCGGUUUGGCGAUAGCGGUACGACUCGCCAAGGAUGAACUGAAGAGGUUCAAAGUGGUGGCCACCAUGCGGGACGUGGAGAAGCGGGGGGCUUUGGAGAGAGCAGCUGGAGAGACACUGAACAGGACCAUGGAGAUCCGGCAGCUGGACGCCUGCUGUGAAAACUCCAUCAGAGAGUGUGUGAACAGCCUGCCAGAGCGGCGGGUCGAUGUUCUGGUGAAUAAUGCAGGCAUGGGCAUGAUUGGACCGUUGGAGUGCCAGAGCGUGAAGGACAUGCAGGACCUCUUCAACACUAAUUUCUUCGGGCUGGUGCGGCUGGUGAAGGAGGUGCUGCCGGACAUGAAGAGGCGCCAGAGUGGCCACAUCGUGGUGAUGAGCAGUGUCAUGGGUGUUCAGGGGCUGCUCUUCAAUGAUGUCUACGCUGCUUCAAAAUUCGCAGUAGAGGGCUUUUGUGAGAGCCUUGCUGUGCAAGCUAUGAAGUUUAACAUUAAGAUGACCUUGGUGGAGCCGGGUCCAGUGGUGACCGAGUUUGAGAGGAAGGUUUAUGAGGAGAUGCAAAACAUGGACCUGUCAAGCACAGAUGAAGAAACGGCCAGAAUCUUCCACGAGAUUUACCUGCCCUACUCCAGAAAGGUGUUCUCUUCACUGGGCCAGACGCCAGAGGAGGUUGCAGAGCAAACCCACCAGCUGAUUGUAGCGAAGAACCCUCCAUUCCGUCACCAGACCAACCGUCUGUACACUCCUAUGACGGCCAUGAAGCAUGCGGACCCCACAGGCCGUCUGCCUAUAGAUGCCUUCUACAAGAUGAUCUUUCAGCACGGCCGCGUGUUCAAUGCCAGUCUGGCCGUCAUGCGGAUGCUGCAGAAGAGGAUGGGGAAAUCUAAAGAGUGAGAGAAUCUUCAGUAGCAUGAGCAGGAUUCAUGGACUUAGAAUUUCUGAGGAAGCUGGUCUAACUACAUAUGAAUACUGUCCACAGGCCUGGCAGCUGUCAGAGAGGUGGAAGAAACAUUAGAACUUAUUAAAAUAACAUAAGUCUUAUUCUGUCAACAUACUAUAUAAAAACUGUAAUAAACUCACAAAUGUAAAGCAGCCCAGUAACUAACCACUUUAAGUUAAAAAACAAGUUUUUUCUACAGUGUAGAAAAUUUGAUGAUGCCUUAUGAUCAAGAAUCAAGACCUCUCUUUAUUUUAUAGACAAAAAAUUGCAUUUUGCCAAUUGAAUAAAUGAAAUAUAAGCGACACAAAUCGCGUCUAAUAUAUAUACAUAUACAUUAGGGCUGCAACAAAUGACUAAUUUGAUAGUCUAAUAAUCUGUCGAUUACUGAAACGAAUAAUCGAUUAUUCGGAUUAUGAAUCACUACAUUACUAAAUAACUUUUAUGUACCUGUUAGGUUUUAAAUUUAGCUUGAGGUUGUUUUAUGCAUUUGCUAACCAACAAUAAAGACAAUAAAGA